CUGACAAACACACAGAAAUAUAAGAUGUAGAAUGACUAAAAUCAGCAUAGAAGGAGAAGACCAGUGAUUCAAUGACAAGUCGAUGGUAGAGAACACAGUGACCACAGUGAGAGAAGUGCAUAGACAAUUUGACUGUCACAAACAGAUAGAGGGACUAUAGGGAACUAGAAAGGUACCAGGGUGGUGGACGAGAUAAUGACAUGCAGGUAGGCACACAGGCAAGGCAAGUAAACUUGUGGACAGAAAGUCUUUGACUGGUGCUAGGAAGGGUAUGUGUAGUUUGAAAUUCAGCAGGGGUUGUGCAGUAGGCACCUAGUGUACAAUUUGGUUUGACUCGAAAGUGUAUCAGUUGGCUUAAUUUAAUUAUUUAUUUAUUUCAAAUUUACUGUUAUUUCUAGAUUGGCAAUGGCCUGGUUGUUCACAUGCCUGCAUUCAUGAUGUCAUGUCUUUUACAGGGAGCUAUACUAACAACUGUUGCAGCUAAAAGGCUAAACAGUUUCACAUCACUGGUGGGACCUGGACUAUUGACAGGUAAAGGAUCUGAUCAAGAACAGAAGCCUGCAGGAAUAAAAGAAUCAGAGCUUUCUGCCAUAGAAGAAUCAUCAGCUGAAAUGCAGCAAGAUCAAAGAGCAGAAAUUGUGGAAUUUACAGAAAAGCUUCUUGAGGCGAUUACAACAGGAGAUUAUGAGACGUACAAGGAGAUGGUUGUCAUGGAUGUUUCAUGUUUUGAGAAUGAGACGUGUGGUGAGCUGGUGUCUGGGAUGGAGUUACAUCAAUUUCUAUUUGAUCAUGUAAAACGGCCAGAAAAGAUACGAAAUUACAUUUUACAUCCGAAAGUAGUAAUGUUGGGUGACCAGGGAGCAAUGAUUGCCUAUGUACGGCUGAUGCAAUUUAUUGACAAGUAAGAGAGUAAUUUCUAUGAGAAGUAGUACAGGUAGCUAAGUUGAAAGCAGGUUAUUACGUUGUUGACAUAGACAGACGGAUAUAACAGUGACUGAGACCUUAUUUGAUGUUCUUUAAUAUUAGUAGUAGUGGAGUCGGAGACUGAGUGUAGUAUGUAAAAAUGGUAGAUUUAGUAUGGAAUUUGUGGUCAAUAGGUUUUAUUUUAAUUAAUAUUAAAACUUUUAGCUUCUAGAACAGAGAAUGACCUAGAUGUUUAUGUAUAGUUGGACUCUAGGUAGAUCUUGUGUCUUGCUAGAAUCAUGUUUGAAAUAUAUGUAUUGACAGAC